CGUAAUUCCGCGAAAACAAAAACAAAAACAAAAACAAAACUCCACGGGGGGCGUCAAUGAGCUUCACCCGAGAUUCAACUCCAACGUCUGAAACCCGCAUCAUCGAGCUAGAUCUGAGAGUAGUGAUCAUCCAAAACCGAAAAUGAUUGUUGCAGAUGGAAUCGACGAUGAAGAGAAGUGGCUGGCGGAGGGCAUCGCCGGCGUUCAACAUCACGCUUUCUUCAUGCACCGCGCCCUCGACGACAACAAUCUCAGGGACGCUUUAAAAUACUCCUCGCUAAUGCUUUCCGAGCUUCGAACUUCGAGGCUCUCCCCUCACAAAUACUAUGAACUGUAUAUGAGAGCGUUUGACGAGCUUAGGAGGUUGGAGUUGUUCUUCAAAGACGAGAGCAGGCAUGGCGUUUCCAUUUUUGAUCUCUACGAGCUUGUUCAGCACGCUGGAAAUGUAUUGCCUAGAUUGUAUCUCCUUUGCACAGUGGGCUCGGUGUACCUCAGAUGUAAGGAUGCUCCUGUGAAGGAGGUAAGCACAUUAAUUGGCUGGUGUUAUGGUGCUACUGAAUCAUGCUUAAUCUUUGGCGAUCCUGAGCUUAGGCCUUCAAUUGGGCUUUCUGGUCUGCAGGGACCUGGUCGGAUAAGAGACAAGAGGGAGAAAGAAAGAAAUGAGCUUCGUGAUCUUGUAAUAUGA